CUACACACAAGUGAGUGACUGGAUGCUCGGAUCGCUAAUAGACAUACCCACAUUAAGAAUGAAACUACACUGCACACUGGCCCAGCCUCGAGUCCUUGUUUUGGAUGUCAGUGGCAGCAACAUGAGUGAAUCCGCACAAGACAGAGUGCCGACGGCAGUGAACCUCCACCUGAACGGGACCGCAGCUUUGGAGCAGCAAGACGAGAACAUGAGCUCCGGCCUGUUUGAUAUCAAAGUGUUCAACGUUGUGAUGAUUACUUUGGCCUUUUGUAUACUUGCCAUCACUGGCUUGUACUGCAUUACCGUCUGCUACAACCGUUCCAGGCAGUCAAAAAGAGCACAAUUAUACGAGAGCGCAGUGACCCGAGGCGAGCCGGAGGAUCCCGUGGCAGUCAAAGCAGUGAAGAGAUCGACGAGUUUCAUCAACCCUCUCACCUUCUUCAGGAAACCAGAGGCACCAAAGGACAACUCCCGGAUCUAUUACAUCUACAGUAACCCGCUGCCCGUAGGAGGGAAGGAUGAAGAUGAGGAGGGAGCCAAUAAAGCGAGUGGGAUACCAGAGGAGCAACAGGUGCUCUCAUUGUCUCACUCGUUUCAAGAGUUCGCCAGUGAUCCCAAAAGAGGUGUCGUCCUGGACCCUCCAAUAUUUUACAUGCAGCUUUAGAGGGUGGGAAACAGUUCUAACAAGAUUAGCUAGAGGCACUUGACUCAGUCUGAAAGGUUGGAAGUUUGACACCUCCAGCUAUGUGUAUGAAAACUUCUCACCAAGAUGUGAAGGGCACUACAUCAGUUGUACAACCUAGAUUCAGUAGUCUGUGAUACACUACUCAGAACUACUACUACUACUGUAGAUUUCUUUUGCUCUAAAAGAGUCUGAAUAAUGUAUUCCAUAUGUUUCAUGAACACUCAAUAUAUGCUAAUAGUUCAUCAGAAGUUAUUUCCUCGCACAAAAACAGUAAGCAUAUAAAAGUGCUUCUUGCUUUUGACAGAUCUUUAAUAAAACUGCUGAUGUAAUGUGCUUUACAAAAGAAGCUGGGUGCGAGACAUGGAGAAACAUGAGAAAAUACAAACGUUUAUCACUGCAGAGCAAUCAACAGUAAUCCUGGGCAAAAUGAUCACACAAGAGUUGGUCCUCAGAUGAUCAGCUGGGUCUCUCUGAUCAGCCACUCUAAUGCCUCCUGCCUACCCUGCCUCUCCAACUCUGCUCCAACCACCUCCCGACACUUCCUGUGGUACUCAUUCACCCAGUCCCGCUGCAGGAGAGGAGAGCCAAGAGUCAAACCACAUAUACACGGCAUCAUGUAAUACAGGAUUUCAAUAACAUUGCAAGCUGAGAAUGUUCAUAUUCACCGCACAGAAUAAAAAGCUGAUA